UGGACGCAGGGUUGCCAACUGGCGUUUUUCACUGCCAAAUUUAGCCAUUUUUGGCAGUAAAAAAUGUGUCUGGCAGUGAAAAACUACGGUUUGGCAUUUUGGCAUUAUAAAUUCUAAAUUUGGCAGUCAAGAAAUCAAAUGAUGCAAUUUUGGUUAGUCAUGCCUAAUUAAAUUAUCGCAAACACCCAAAGCUAUGCAAUCGAUACAUGUACGUAGUGCAAUACCCGACCCGUACGGGUAUGGUAUCUGUCUCGCCCAAGUCGCGAGUCGCGACACAAACCUGUCAGUAUGCAGUAGUCACUACACAGUACACGUUGUUGCCCGCACGCUUGGAACUCGCCACGAUGUCUAAGUGGAAAGGACAAUAUGAUUCUGGAAGAAAGUACCUGGACAUAUGGGAGAAGGAGUUCCCAUGGUUAACUAAGGCGAAAGGUGGAACAGAAUCAGCAUUUUGUAAAGUGUGUCAGAAAAUCUUACAGCCCAGGAAAACUACCAUUAAAUUGCAUGGUGAUGCUAAGGAGCAUAAAGUGCGUGUUGGAGCAGUCAGUUCAGUGAGAAAUUUAUUUGAGAGAGGUGGUCCUUCCAGGAUUCAAACACCCACGGAUUCACUUAAGAAAGCUGAACUGCAGCUUGCAGUUGUUGUUUGUUGUCACAGCUCAAUAGCAACUAUAGAUCACCUCAGUGAAGUGAUCAAGAACAACAGUGCAGGAAGUAAACUAGAGAACAUGCGGUUGCAUCGCACAAAGUGUUCAAUGCUCAUAAGUAACGUCAUCUCCCCAUCCCUUGAAGAGGAGUUGCGGAAAAAGGUAAAUGAAGCUAAGAAGUAUUGUUUGAUGGUUGAUGAGUCCACUGAUGUAUCGAGUGAAAAACAUCUGUGUGUUUGUGUUAGGUACUAUGAUGAUGCUGCCGCUGAUGUGGUAACCGCCUUCCUAGGUCUUGUGUCUGUUUGUGACACCAGUGGUGAGGCUUUAUUCAAUGCUACCAAGGCCCUGCUUGACAAAAAUGGCAUUGCUUUAGAAAAUUGCAUUGGGUAUUCCAGUGACGGUGCGAACAACAUGACUGGAGAAAACAAUUCCCUCUGGUCUCGGAUUAAGCAGGUGUCUCCAAACUGCAUGAAAAUGGGAUGCUCAUGUCACAGUCUAGCUCUCUGUGUACAAAAAGGAUUUGAUACACUUCCAUCAUCCUUAGGGUUCAUGCUCCAUGAAAUUCCUAAAUGGUUCAGAAAAAGCACCUUGAGACGAGAGAAGUAUAAACUUUUGUUUGAGACGAUGAACACUGGAGAGGAAAGAGACGGCACACCCCUUCCAUUCCUUAGCCUCUCUACAACCAGAUGGCUUGUGAGGGGAAAGGUAAUAUAUAACAUACUUGUAAACUGGCUGGAGUUGAAAACCUACUUUGACUGUGCUAUGAUGGAAGGUUCGCAUGAUGUGCGUUACAAGGCUCGCAUUCUGUGGGAUAUGAUGCGUGAUGAGUGCAAUUACCUUUAUUUUGUAUUCUCCUCUCCCAUUGUCACUGAGUUUGAGAGGGUAAACUCACUCUUUCAAUCAACCAAUGCCACUCCCUCGAGGCUUCUUUAUGAGCUAGACGCACAUUUCAAAUCUCUGAGGCAACGUGUCUAUAAUGCUGAAGGACAGUUACUUCCACUUGAGAAGGUUGACUUUGGGGUCAAGUUCAUGGUAGAGUGCAAGCGAGUGCAAAGUAAAGGAAAUGCAGAGCAUGAGCGUGUCUUAGCUGUGCAGAAGCGUUGUCAGAGCAUGCUAAUAGAACUUGUGGAUCAAGUGAAGCUGCGUCUGCCUGAAAAAAGAAGCCUAUUUGACGGUCUGUGCAAGUUGUCGCCAAGUACAAUCCUCACUCACCUGAACAGACCCGCAUUCAAGGAUAUGCCUUUCUUUCAUUUAAUGGAAGAUAAGCUAGAAGUCUGUGAAGAGCAAUAUCGCAAAAUUUUGUACCAUCCCUGGGUUGAUGCAUUUAAAUGCGACCUUCCAGAUGACCCAGUCAAGUUCUGGUCCUUUGUUAAGAAAUAUGAAGUGGAAAAUCACAAGCCAUAUGAAGAACUUGCAAACUAUGCUCUGCAGUGCUUGACCACACCAGUCAGUAAUGCCGUGUUGGAGAGAAUUUUUUCUCAUGUAACUGCAGUGAAGACCAAGACUCGCAACAGGAUGAAUUUGAAAAUGUUGGAGGCAAUUUUGAGAGUACGUACAACCCUGAUAGUAUCUGGAAAGUGUUGCAAGAACCUAGAAAUCACUGGAGACAUGCUGGAAAAGUUCAGUGUUGACAUGUACGACCACGCAAGAGACCCAGCCUCCCUGGAAGGAAACGAUGUCCUCGAUGAUUUGUACUAGUGACCAGUCUGCUUAAUCAAGUAAAUCUGAAGACAUUUGGCAAUAAUGCACUCUCAAGACUUGGCAACCCU